AUGACUCGUCUCAUGCCAAACCAUGCAGUUCAAAUGAUCAAUUUGUCACCAAUCCCCUUAGCAAUUGCCCUGUUUGUCUCUGUUUCGCUGCUCGUCGCUCUUUGCGCCAAACACGCGAGAAAAUACUCGACAAAGACAAGGACAAGCGACGAUCAAGAUCGACCAAACAAGCAUCUACGGUCCGCGAAGCAGGUGAUCACAGCCGUAGGCCACAAGGCGAUGGCUCCUCUGGUUUGCGGCAAGAAAUCGAGACUCGAAUUUGAUACAAAAAUGCUCGGGAACGGUCGGGAGGAAAACGGGUUGUGGCAGAAGGCGAUAUUGAUGGGAGAAAAAUGCCAGCCACCGGAAUUUUCAGGCGUGAUAUAUUACGAUUACAAUGGGAAUAGAAUUGCGGAGAUGCCGAAAUCGCCUAGAGCCGGUGCAGUUAGCCCGUUCAAGGAGUUCACUUUUCCUGUGGAGAAGAUGGACAAGUCCAUGUAUUGA